ACAUUCCUGUAAUCACUGAUCAGUUCACUGUUAGAUUAUAGCAAAUUUUCAAACAAGCCAGCCGUGAAAACGGUUGCUUCUCUAUGUUUAACGUUACCUCUGUCCAGCCCUAUCUGCCUUGUAUUUAUGAAUGGAUUGUAUAGUACUUUCAUUUUACUCUGGGACAAGACAAAUUGUCCCAGAAAAUCUUCAGUUGUGGACAAAUCUUGGUUGUGAACGGACAUAUGUUAUUAGCUCAUUUUCAUAAUUCUUGGAUAAUAUUAAUGCAGUAUUAAAAUAUUUUUGAAUUGGAUUACUGGAAAUAGCCAAUCAGAGUUCAGUAUUGGAAUAAAAGUUAUUAUUGCCAACAUAGAUAUAAAACAGAACCGCUUCAAUUGCAAGCUUAGAUCUUCAGAAGUUUUCAGUGAAAAAGAAUCAAUCACGUAAGAUAAAGAAUCAAUUAGUGCGCUGACUGACAGGAGCUGUAACUUGUGACAGUGGACAAUAAUUAGUAUUAAUUAGCUUACCUUCCUAUACCUGCCGCAGGUAGCUAUAGUAUGGUUAAUCAAACAAUGUAGGCACGUAAUUUCUGGUUAUCAAAUAGCCGCUUGUGUACGUGUCAGCCGAGGUGUCGCAAUGCUGUAGGGACUGUGAAUAUUUUCACCAUUUAGAUGUUUCUGUUGCUUUUUCCCUGCAAGAUCAAGAAUUCUGUACAUGUGACUAGUACUUACUGAAAAGAAGUUAACCAGUUUUGUGAUAAUUUUAUGGCAUCACUCGACAUGAAGUCAUUAUGAACAAUAUAUCUGUGACAAUUUCUCGGAAACAUGUGGGAUUCAUUAGCAAAGACAUCCGUUGGUGUUGCUGGUUGCAAAGAAUGUGAGGCGGCUGCCACGGGUUGUCGCUCGGGUUGUAGUUCUGCGCCUGUAACUGUGGAACGUGAUAGAGACUUCCUGUGGAUACGUACAAAAAUGCCUGUGUGUAUCUGGCCCGAAACCUGUCUUUUAGGCUGUAGUACAGCCCUUCAUGAACAUUUAGGGAGCAAAGUACCUAUGUUACAGUCACCCCUCGGUGUUAUGAUGGGGUACAACAAUGAACCUCCCUUCACAUCACCCCCUCCCGCACACAUGGGCAUUCCGCCAGUCACUAUAGAUCCUAAAACAGGUUUACCACGUCAUGCAUUUCCAUACCAUACAACAGCCGGCCAAUUUCCUCCCUCAUUAUACCCAGAUGUCAGUUGGCAGCGACCCCCGGGUUAUCCGAUCUCCUCAGGUGCCUUAGGUGGACAUUAUCCACCCUCAUUUAUCAACUCAUCUGCACGGUUUCCAGCAGGCUUUUUUCCCCAUGGUGUACCUCCGGGUAUGCCCCAUGGCCAUUUAGGGGCGGGACCAAAACAGGAGGGCGGAGUCUCAGACAAUCACAGACAUGGUUUUAAUGAAGGGAGUGGGAAUCAAAGUCCAGUACCAGAAAAGAAGAAACCUCAUAUAAAGAAACCUCUAAAUGCAUUUAUGUUAUUUAUGAAAGAACAAAGAGCAAAAGUUGUAGCAGAAUGUACGUUAAAAGAAUCUGCAGCAAUAAAUCAAAUACUAGGUCGACGGUGGCAUUCAUUAGAUAGAGCUGAUCAAGCUAAAUAUUAUGAAAUGGCAAAAAAAGAGAAAGAAUUACAUUUACAAUUAUACCCUGGUUGGAGUGCACGAGACAAUUACGCUACACAUACAAAGAAAAAGAAACGAAAAAAGGAGACUUCAUCUAUAGGUGGUCAUAAAGGUAAUGACCUUGAUGAAAGGUUUAUGGAGAAUCUAGCUUUUGGUGAAUGUACAAAUAAUGCAAAGAAGUGUCGAGCGCGGUAUGGCAUGGAACAACAGAAAAAUUGGUGCAAACCUUGUCGGAGGAAGAAGAAAUGCAUUAGGAUUUAUGAUGAAGGAGGAGGUUCCGACGAGGAUGAUGGACACAUGAGUGACAGUCAAGUGGGCGGAGACAGUAUCCAUGACAGUGAUUCUAUGCUUGGUAGUCCCGCCCACUCUUCAACAAGUGAUGAUCCGUUCUCAACCCCACACAAGUCACGGCUGCAAAAUGUUGAAUCACCUCUUGUACAUGAUUCAAGUCGUGACCUGUCUGACAUGGAUACAACCAUAAAAGCUCAUGAUGAUAUUUUACCAGCUCACAAGUCGCCUUUCUCUAUGUUUAAAAUUUCUGACAAUAAUUUUCUGGGAGCAGACAGAUAUUUAUCGCCUCGUUACAAUUUUCCACCAGCAUCAUCACCAGUGUCGGCAUCUUCAAAAUCGUCAGGUUUGAAUCGCUCAUACAGCAUUGAGUCGCUUGCCAAAUCUUCCGUGAAUUCUGAUUGUAGAGAGACUGGUGAUCAUAACAGAUCAUUUGAUUACGCUCUUUCACCAUUAUCAAGUCCUGGUGAUUUCAGCCAUCAGAAUUCACCAAAAUUUAGUAUUUCUACAUUUGCAGAAGAUAUCAAUAAAAACUUGAGCCCAAAAAAGAAGCCAAGUGGGUUGAGCAACAGUUUUAGUAUUUCCACAUUGUCUGUAUCGGCUGUCACACCAUCGGGAGUACACUGUAGUUGACACAAUAUUUCAUCGGUACUAUAACUGCCAGACAUCUUGAUCAUGUGAUACGCGUGUCCUAAGUCUGUAGUCAGCAGACGACAAAAAAUGUGCAACUAGUAUAAUCAGUCUGGACAGGAAAAUGCUUGAACUGGAACCAGGCUGGGUAUUCUUUUACAUCAUUUGUAGACCAGUCUACUUCAAAGUCCUCCUAGACCUUGAUGUGUUGUUUCCAUUCCUCAUGGCAUAAUACAGGGAUCUCAGACUUUUCACUCCAAUGUUCUCAAAAACUUCAUAAGUUGAGGAUAUUUAUUUGGAAUAUCUUGCGAUACAGGACUGAAACAGCGUCAAAAAAAACAACAGCACUACAUUUAAACUAUAUUACGAUUUUUCUUUAAAAGAAAAUUCAAGAGGAGAUAAUGUUACAUUACCAAAAUUUAGCGACAGAAAUGGUAGACAAGUGAACUCUACAAUGUGGAGAAUCUGAAAGACUUAAUAUGCCAUUUCUGUUGGUUAAAUUCAGUUGAUAAAAGUGCGUUACAGAGAAAGUGACUCUGGUACGGCGUAGAAUGUACACGUAUCUCAAAAUUGUCAUGUUGGCAAACUGCCAAAUCUCUACUGUGUUCAAAACAAUCAAACCCUCAUCUUUUCAGUGUCUGCGCAGAGUAAUUCAUACAAUUUUUGUAUGACUAUUAUUUCUACAAAGUUUAUCUGCAGAAUUACACCCAAGUUAUAUCAUUAUAUAAUGGCAGGUGUUUAGCGCUACAAUAACUGUUAUAGCCCACGUCUUUUAGUCUUGCAACAGAUUUCUGUACGAAUGAAAAAUAUGUUGAAUUUAUAGACAUAAUGCAAAAGUUUGUAGCAUUUGUAUUAAAUACAAAUGUGACAUACAUUCUUAAUUUUCAAAGCUCAUGUAUGUUUGGGCUAUUAAUUGGUGCAUAUUUAAAAUUUUUGUAUUAACUUGCUACGUAGGUCCUAGAUACAUCUCUCACAAUUUUCUUAAUCAUGCUUGUUGCUGAUCUAUAUGAUAUCACUGCUUUUUUAUAAUUAAUGAAGUAAGGUAUAACUAGAAAUUAAUAUUUAAUCAUUUUACGUUUUUUAGUUUGAUAAUUGGUUAAUUAGAAAAAAAUGACACAAACCACUGUUAAAGAAUUAGGAGAAUAUUGUUGGUUAAGUUUCACUGUUUGCCAGCACUUUUUCCUAUGCCAAAACUUAGGCAUCAUCUGUUGCUACACUCUAAUAGAUUUAUCUGGUAAACUACUUUUACAAAUGUCAGCUUUACUUAUUGACCACGGUUUGCGAAAUGUCAUGACAAGAUGUAAUCUAUGUGCCAUUAAUUUAAUCACAUGUAGGAUAUACGCAUUUAAAAAUGCACAAAUCCUGCUCAAUUAUGUUGUUUUCUACAAUUAUAGAUUGUACAUAUCGUUAUUUUGCUGGAGAUACACUAAACAACAUCACUUCAAACAUUUUCUUUCAACCAGUGCCUGUGGUUAAUCUAGUGAUAUUUGUUGUUAAAUCAUUCAUGUAUCAUGUUGUAUAAAGAUUCAUAGUACAUGUAAUUUUCUGCGGCAUUUAGUCGUCGACCAUGCCCUAACUUGUAUAUCAGCUUGUAUUUUUGUACUUGAAAAGCCUUAAAUUCUAUGACAAUAUCAGCUUGUAUACAUGCCAGAUUCUAGAGUCAGUGUAACAAUUGCACAAUGUCGUUCCUGCUGGAGGUAAAUGAUUUUCAGAAGCUAAAGUAGAAAUAUUCAUGUUUAUUUGAAAUAAUUGAAAAACAGAUUGAAAUGGGUAAUUAAAAAGAACUUGUUCUAAACAGUUACAUGUGCGUAUUUUUUUAAGUAUGAAUUGUAUUUGGUGUAGAUAUAUUUAGGGGCAGUUUAUUGUAAGUUUAAUUCAGUUGUUAAGUUUACUGACUGCAUGAUCUGAAACAAGUUUGAAACUGAAGUUAAUGAACUGUUUAUAUCUAACUUAUAAUGUUCAUGAAUUUAUGUUCAAAUUCAGUUCAUGAACUUGUGGUUAAAUUGCUUGUUCAGGAUGGUUGCAUUUUUACAUGGGAAGUUUCUGAGCUAAGAAGUACCAGCUAAACUAUUUUCCCAGCAGAUCAAAUAGGGACGUUAAGAGCCAGAAUGUGGUUUUAAAGUACGUAUUUAAAUAAAGAAGGCAGUUGCUACCUUCUGACUUUGAUACCUCUAAUUAAUAUGAACUAUAUGAGGGAAUAUUUGUACAUGAACGACUGACCUUCCUGCUUUGAGGGAUUGCUGAUAAACUUUUUUUCAGGUUGCUGGUUUAUGAACUAGCUUGUCCAUGAACUAUGUUGCUGUGAGGGACUUGCCCAUGAACUUAAAGCAUCAUGUCCAUGGCUGUGCUGCUUCAUGAACUUACUUGCUUUUAGUGUCUUGUUCAUGAAUUAAUUUACUUUGAAGAACUUGUUCAUGAAUUAAUUUACUUUGAAGAGCUUGUUCAUGAAUUAAUUUACUUUGAAGAACUUGUUCAUGAAUUAAUUUACUUUGAAGUGCUUGUUCAUGAAUUAAUUUACUUUGAAGAACUUGUUCAUUAAUUAAUUUACUUUGAAGGGCUUGAUCUUGAGCAUGUUUAAAAAGGGCUAGAUCAUGAAUUGCUAAACCUCUUGUUCAUGAACUUGUUUAUUUUGAGGGUAAGUUCAUGAACUAUAAUUUUCAAGCUGAUAAUCUGUCUAUUCAUUCCAUUUUCCUGACUUCAAGUCAAAUUUUUGUUAGACUUCAAAUUUACAAAAUUCACUUGAUCCUUCUUGGUAUCCUGCAGAUUUUUAUACAGCUGUUUCUGUAUCAACUGUUUCUGUAUUUAAGUAAAAAAAAUGUCUACUGUUUACAGUUUCAAUUUUCUUUCAUGAAGGCAUAUUUACAGUAAGGUCAUUUCAAUUUCAGAAGUUAUUUUAAAAAUAUAAAAUCGUCAAACUUCUUGGAAGUCAUCUUGUCCCUUCAUGCACAAUUUUAUGGAAUUUGAUUUAAUUUUUAGUAGCGUUGGGACUAUUAAGAAAGUUUUGAAGGAGCCAAUUCAACAUGAAGUACUAGGGGUUUGGUUAUUAUACAUGAAGGUCAAGGUAGUCAGUUAUUGUACAUGAAGGUCAAGGUUUCUAUUAUUAUACAUGAAGGUCAAGGUAGUCAGUUUUUAUACAUGAAGGUCAAGGUAGUCAGUUAUUGUACAUGAAGGUCAAGGUAGUCAGUUAUUGUACAUGAAGGUCAAGGUUUCUAUUAUUAUACAUGAAGGUCAAGGUAGUCAGUUUUUAUACAUGAAGGUCAAGGUAGUCAGUUAUUAUACAUGAAGGUCAAGGUAGUCAGUUAUUAUACGUGAAGGUCAAGGUAGUCAGUUAUUAUACGUGAAGGUCAAGGUAGUCAGUUAUUAUACGUGAAGGUCAAGGUAGUCAGUUUUUAUACGUGAAGGUCAAGGUAGCCAGUUAUUAUACGUGAAGGUCAAGGUUUCUAUUAUUAUACAUGAAGGUCAAGGUAGUCAGUUAUUAUACAUGAAGGUCAAGGUAGUCAGUUAUUAUACAUGAAGCUCAAGGGGUCAAUUAUUAUACAUGAAGGUCAAGGGUGUCAGUUGUUAUAUAUGAAGGUCAAGGGGGUCAGUUAUUUCAAACAAAGGUCAAUGGGGUCAAAUAUUAUACAUGAAGAUCAAGUGGGGAGGGGGUGCAGUUAUUAUACACAAAUGUCUUAUAAUGUCAGACAUCAGCAUAACCUGAAAAGGAACAAGUGAAUUUUGUUUAUGUUAUUUCUAAUAGACGUUAUGAAAUUUACAAAGUUUAGAUCUUGUGUGUUUGUAAUUUCCUUUCUCUCCCUCCCUCUCUCUGUGUCUAGCUGUUUUGUUAUAUAAAUGCAAUGUUUAUAUGUACUUCAGAAGAAUUCUACCUCUAAAUGACUUUUAAGUGUUUUGUUCAAAAUUUCAGUUAUAUGGUCUAGUAUGUGUAGAUGUAGCUAUCAAAUUUAGCAGAUGAAUUUGUGUUUGAAUGUUCUCAGAAAUAUUGAAAGAUUUAAUACUACUUUUAAUGUUUUAAAUUGUUUGUAUAUAUUAUAUAAUUUUCUUGCUUUUUACAAUAUUCUUUUUAUGUGCUUUAUAGAAGCAUUUGAAGAGUAUUUGUAGAAGUAUUCGACAAAAAGUGGAGGAAUAGAAAUUUUCUUGGAAUUCAUUUACAAUUAAUUUUCUUAGAACAUUCAUACUAGUUAGAAGAAGUCCUAAUUCUAGUCAGAUAUCUACUGCCAGUGUAGUUAGAUGUAGUUACCUGCCCCUGCCACAUUAGUAAUUAGAGUUAUGUCCCUUUUUAUAAAAUCUCUUCAUAAAUGUAUCUUUAGUAAAUGUGAAAAGUUUAACUGGUGUUUAAUUGAUGUAUUGUGGGUUAAGUAAAAUUUGAAUUGUAAGUUUUUUAAAUGUUACAUAUUCUUGGAUUUUGUAUUUCAAAAAUGCAUUUUCUGUUUCUCUCAAGGUAUAAUUUUUAAAUAGAAUGAAAUAAAAGCAAGAUUUAAAGCGAUCGAAUUAACAGAUGGUUUUGAUACACAAGAAAUUAUUAGAGUGGAAUUAAAGAGAUUUAAGAAAAGACAGCUGAUGUCGGAACUAGCGGACUGUUAAUAAUUAUUCUUAAAAAAAAUGGCAGUUUAUAUUUUAUUUAGAAUAUAUUACCAUUAUUACCUUACAAAAACAAAAUUUAGAAGAAGGUUUUUGCUUAUGUAAAAUACAAGUGGGUGUAAUUUUUACCUGUUUUGUAUUAAUGGAGACAUUAUUAAAUUGUUCUGUAUGUUUAACUUUUUUUUUCUUGAAAAUGGGUACAUCUUACUUUGUUUACAUAAAUGAAGUUGUGUGACAUUUCAAGGUCAGAAAGAUCUAUGCCACAUUACAGACAUUCUGUUUGAUCCAGCUUUUCCAUAACAAGAAUAUUCCUUGAUUUAGCAUUUGAUGUAAGACUGUAUCAUCAUUAUACAUCAGUAGUAAACAGUUCAGAGGGUGCUAUUAGGAACUUCUAUAAUUUUCAAAAUAUCGCGAUUGGUGGUAGAUGUGAAAAUAUUGCCAAAAAUUAUUUCUAUUUUUUUUUUUUUUUUUUUUUUUUUUUUUUGGUAAAGGUAAAUUUUAUUUGGGAAACAUAUUUUAUUUGUGAAACAUUUAACAUAAGCUCUGUAGAGCUUUUGAACGAUGCUAUUUUAAGAACAGUUAAAACUAAUUAUAGCUUUACCCCAGCAUGCUGGUACACAUUUACAGCUGGGUCAGCUUAGGCAAUAGUGAUAAAGUGCCUUGCCCAAGGACACACCGCAGUGGGAGAAGCCAGGAAUCGAAACCUGGGCCUUCUCCAUAGGUGGGGGUGCAAUUGAUGUUGAAUUUGUAUCUGGAUGUAGAAAAAUUUAGCAGAAAUUCAAAAAAAUACCUUGGUGUGGUAAAGAUGGAUCAAGUAGUGAAUACAUGUAGCUGUUUUUAGGAUUCUGUUUAGUAAAUGAAAUGGAUGUUGAACAUGCUUUGUUGAAAUGUAUUGGAUGAACCAAUCAAAAUUUGUAUCAUAUACUUUAUUUUGUGAUGAUUAUAUAAUUUGUUAAGAGAGGAAAGCGCAGCAAUUUCUUCUGCAUUGAAUCCCGUAUAUGAAAUCAAAAUAUUUCUUACAUUAAGAUUAUGAACUGGUUAAUUGUAGAAAGGUUGAAGUUAAUUUAUACAGUCUGUACUACAUUUGUCAGUGAUGGACUUCACUGCGGAAAAUCACAUGAUCAAAAUAAUCUCUGUACCAAAGUAAAUUUAUGGUUUAGAGAUUGUAUUGAUCAUGUGAUUCCCCACAGUGAACUUAUUUUCUUUAAAUUACUGGGUUUAUUUAUUUAAAUGGUUGUGAUGUUUUAGUGCUUUUCUAUUAUUAUGCAUGUAUAUUUAAGGCUUGUUAAUAUGUUGGGUCCCUGUAUGUUCUCCCCCCCUCCCUCCCCCCCACUCUCCCCGACACUUAAUCUCCUGUCCCCAUAAUUCUUACUUAUAUUAAUUUUCCAAGACACAAGCGGCUUACAUAUAUUUAUGAAUUUUAUAAACUUGAUGAUAUUUUUCAGUGUGGUAAGCACAUUUAUCAUACUUUGUUAAGUAGACGCAGAAUCCAGUUAGUUGCUCAUGUCAUAAAGACUUUAAGAAAAUUUUCGAUUGACUACGUCUUAUUCUCUGUCAAGUUUUUAGGUGAAUUUUUAUGCACGGAUAGGCCCAGUUAUUGUUGCCAAUUUCACAAGAUAAGAUCUGGUACAUUUAUUCCUUUUACACUGUUAAUGCUAUAUGUAUUCAUUUGCAACAUUUUAAUUUUUUACUCUGCCAACAUACAGAAAUUCUAAAAUGAAAGUUGCAUUUUAAAUCUACUGUUAAACAGUAAAUGAUGUAUUUAAGUUUGAAAGAUAAAGUGAAGAAAUCUAAAGAUGAUUUAAGAGCUUUCUACUUCCGAGGAUGGACAGUGUAACCAGCGAAUUUCUGCCCAGAGAAAUAAAAACAAAGAUUAGACAAUAAAAAAAAAUUCUACAAAUUGGGUCAAACCUGAAAGAAAAAUUAAUUUAUUGGACACUUUACAGAAGAUGAGGUUAUUUAAGUUGUCAAAUUUUCCAUGGUAAUAACAGAACAAUUUUUAAUGGUGACAGUCUGUUCAUCAGAGUAUAGACUGGUUACUGGUACAAGAGAAUUCCAUCUAAAGAUUAUUCCUAUUUUAUAUUGUUAGAAAACAAAAAAAAAUGCUCGUCAUAAUUCAGAACAGUAACAGUUUAAAAAACUUGUGUCUGGGUGUGAUAGCUGGCCAAUUAUUUCUGUAAUGAGGCUCGGCCAUGUUUCUGUACUAUGUAUACAUUGUGGUGUAAACUAUUGGGGUGUACAUUUUGUUACUUUUUACACUUUCUGCUAUAUAGUUGAGGUCUAAUUAAUUUCACUCUCAAAGUUUUACCCCACAUUUCAUUUUUUAUUAAGUCUACAAAUGAACAAACCAUUUUAUGUAAAGUUUUAUAAAAUGUAUAAACUGCUGCAGAUAAAAUGGCACUAAAAAUGACAAUAAGUCUUGUAAUAAAACUAAUAAUAUUAAUUUCAAGCAAACAAAAACUGAAAACACAACAUGGAAUAUGUGGUCAGUUUAUAUAGAUUGAUACGUAGCCUAUGUGAUUUUUUUGAUACUUUUGUUAGAACAUGAAAUAUGACAUUUUUUCCUGAAAAAUGUUUGCAUGCACAUGUGAUAGCUCUAAAGGUUGCUUCAGGAAAAGUAGUUCAUGCACACAAUAGCUUUUGUACAAUGCUAUAUAAAAGUAAGGCUAAUAUUUGUGCACUGGCCUACAGGUUAUGUGUUUAUAUAUUCAGUGUCUCAUCUGCUCCAAAGUAGACCUGUGAAAAUAAUAUACAACCUAAUGAUUUCUGUUAAAAAAUUAAUUAAGCCUUUAUUUCCAGGAAGAAUAAAGAUUUUUUUUGACAUUUAAUUGGUGCCAUUUUAUGUUCAGAGGGUUCAUACAUAAUUUUUAUGUGAAAUGUUACUAUUACUUAUUUGAGUUUUGAAACUUUGUAUGAAGUUUCUUGUAUUGUCUGAUAGACAUUGUUUCAGUUUAAAGCAUACAUGUUCAUCGGUGUAGUUUGAAAGCUUCAGGCAUUCAUAUUAUCAUUUUCUACUCAUUGACAAAUUUUGACUGUGUAUUUUUUAUGUUAAUGAAUUGUUUCAAUAAUAAAUUUACAUUGAUUUAA